AUGUGUAUGCUGCAGAAGAAAGAAAAACUUACGCACCAACAGUUUCUUUGCCGAAUUUCCAUGUGGGAAAUACUGGCGAUAAUAUACUUUUGGAGUGAAGACGAUCAACAGCGAAAAACCGCGAGAAAGCUGUCAAUUCCGGCAAACUUUGUGUCAAGAGUGUAUCGGAAACUCGAAGAUGUGUGUUCCGAAGAUAUUGCAAGUUACCCUUUUUAUCCUUUUGGUGGUCCUAACAUCAUUGUGCAUUGUGAUGAGAGUAAAUUUUCACAUAAGUCAAAGUACAAUUGUGGAAGAAGAUCAAGGAAUAAUUCUUGGGUGAUUGGUGUAAUUACCACGGAGCAAAAAGAAACCUUGAGAACAUAUUCCCAAUUCUUGAAAAGUGUCAACGACCAAGAAGCAUACUACAUACCGAUGACUAUACUGUUUACGCCAACAUUCAGCAGCUGCUCCAGUAGUAGUAAUAGGCCGAUUCUGGCUCACUUUUAUAAUCCUUUUCUAGCGCCCGCCCACACGGCUAGCCACCCGAUUUUUGCGCUGUGCUAUCUCAUGGGAUCACCUGACUUCCURUCAUGUGAUAGAAUCGUAAACCAUUCCCUUAAUUUUGUAGAUCCAGUUACGGGCGUGCAUACACAAAACAUUGAAUCAAUGUGGGCAAAAUUGAAACUUCCCGUGAAAAUGAGAAUGGGAAUUUCAAGAGAUGAUCUACAGUCUUACCUUGAUGACAGGAUGUGGAGAGAGUGGAAGGGAGAACAACACAUAUUUGACAAUUUCAUAACAUCUCUUAGUUUACAAUACACUAAUGUUCCAGUACAAAAAGUUGUUGUCCCAAAAAACGCAAAACAGGUAUUGGUUGAGACUCCAACCUUAACUCACCGCAUUAGCCCAAUUGUAUACAAGUUUCAGUAA